AUGAUUGAUCAUGAUAAAAACAAAUCAUAAAAUGACAUUUAAAUACCAGAACAAGUCUCAUAACAUCAAGAAUUAAGUUCUCCCGAAUCAACCAUCAAAAGAGAAAACAAAGAAAUAAGAUUAGAACUUUAAAAUAAAAUAAAAAAGAUCUCUUAUGCAAGCUAUUUAAUAGUAUUUGUAUUAGGAAUAUUAAUAUCUGCAAUUUAUUUGAUGGUUAAAGUAGAGGAUGCAUUGUCUAUUUUUGAUGAUAUCUAUUAAAAUUGGGCUAACAAUUUUAUCGUAGAUAUUUAUGAAAAGUAAGAUGGUGUGCCAUGUGAAGACAAAUAAUAUUCAUCUAAUUUAUUUUAAUAUAAAUUUUAUGGCUCUAAAAUUGGAUGCUUUUGCGAAAAAUGCUCAGAUAAAAAUUAAUUUACAAUUUUUAGCUUGAUUAAAGGAUAAGGACUUCAUGAGGAAUAAAGUAUAUUUAAUUCAUUAGACAGCGAUUAUGAUAGAAGAGCUAGAGCAAGGAUAAGGAGAAGGAGAAGAUUAGAAUAAUAAAAAAAUAAUAUUUUAUAAUUAGUGACAUAAUCGGAAUAUACAGAUGUUAAUUUAUCAGAUUUUGAUCCUAUUUUGAGUUACAAAAUUUUAGGUAGAAGUUGCUCAAAUGCUAAAUCUCUUGAUAAAACCAAAUUUUUUUAAGACAUCAAUUCAGUAGAUAGUAUGGAUAUAGACUUUUUGCUUGGAGGUCUUAAUACAGAAAUAAACUUAUGCGUGACAAGAAGCAAAGAUAGAAACUUUUUUAGUUCUAAUUUAAAUAACAAAGGAAAAUGUAGCCAGGGAUAGAUUCUUUGUAAAGGUAUUGAAAAAGAUAAAAGUUAUUCUUUUUGUAUAAAUAAUGGUGAAAAAUGCCCAAUUAGAAGUUUUCAUAUUGUUCCUACAAGUUAAGUUAAUGAAGUAAAAUAUGUUUACGAAGAAUAAUUUAAUAUGUAAAAUGGCUACACAGUACUAAUUUCUAGAAAAUAGAACUCAACAAUGCCUAUAAGUGAGAUUAAUUUAUAUGAAAGUGAUGGGCCUUGCAUAGUCAAUUCAAAUGGUUAAUAAAAAUGGCGUCUUUCAGAUGAAAAUAUACUCUAUAAUCCUUUGAUUAAUCAGUUGCAGUCAUUCAAAUGCAAAGUAGAUACGAGAUACAUACCAGUUGGUUUUCUCAUUCAAAAAAAAAAUUUAUAUAAUUAUACUUAGCUAUUAUAAAACAUGAUUAAUGCUUAGUAUCCUAAAUUUUUUUUACCAUAGUAAAAAGUAUUUUAUGAACUUUUUUACAGAAAUUACAUCAAAUUUUCAAGUUCAUGCAAAAGUUUUUUAGACGAUGUUUAGCAUCUAGGAAAUUCUAUAAGCUAGAUAGAAAAAAUUUCAAUUUCAAUAUCAGUAACUUCAUCAGUGCUCUGUAUAUUUUAAAUUGUGGAUGUAGUUUACAUUAUGUAUAUAGUUGCAAGAAAACCUCCAGAAGAACCUUAUCCUAUCAAAAAGAGUAAAUGGUUUUUAAUCAUCUAUAGUAUACUUAAGUAUCCUUUAGCAUUCAGUCUUUGUAUUUUAGAUUACAUCAUUUUAUAUAAAAUGGUAACAUGUAGAGAGUUAGGCCAAGAUAUAAUAGUUAGAAAGUGUACUGAUGACAUUACAUCUUAACAAUUUGCAACUAUGAGAGAUAGCUUAUCUUUUUAUGGAAUAUUCUUUCAUAUUAUUAUUUGUUUCUGCUUUUGGUCUGCAGAUAUUGAUUUCAUGAAUCUGAUAAGAGAGAAUUUUUUGAUGAAAUAAAAAAAAUUGACAUUAUUUGAUGAGUUUUUUUCUUUGCCCAAGCCAAACGAAUACACUUAAAUUUAGAAAAAGAAAAAUGAUGACGGCAUAGAAAUGUAAAAUUCAGAAAGGAAAGUUUAAGACUCUUUAAGUGAAGUCGUUAAAAAAGCUAGUAAUUAAUCUUAUGGUGAAAAUUAAGAUAACUCUUGUCAAAACCAUUCAAAACUAGAAUAAGAAAAGAGCAAUCGCAGCUCUAAAAUAUCUGUAUAAAAGCAAUAGGAUUAAGAAUAAUAAAUAUUUGUUAACCAAUAGUUGUAAGAGCAUCAUCCUCAAUUUGUAAACCAUUACAGCAAAAAAUAAGAACAAAUUUAAAAUUAAUUUUAAAAUAGCCCAAAUGAAGAAAAUCCAUAAAAUUCCAAUAAUAAUAAUUGCCAUGUUGAAAAUGAUUUAAUCCAAUUAGAGGAAGAUAACUCUUUUUAUUAGUGA